UAAAUGUAUGACAGAACACAUUGACUCAUUGAGUGCCACGGAAGCAAAGGGGAACACAAAUCGAAGUCCAGGGCUGCAUCUAUAAAUCCCGGGCCGCACCUUACUGGAGAAACCACAUAGACGUUAGCUCAUAACUUAGGCCUUCACCAAACGGUGGCAUGGCCGCCGAGGUCGCGCAGCACAUCGUUUUCGUGCCGUUCGCAGCGCAGGGCCACGUCGCCCCGAUGCUGCACCUGGCGCACGCCGUUGCGGUCCGCGGCGACGUGUCGGCUACCGUCGCCGUGCCGGACUUCAUCCACCGCCGCAUGAGCCAGUACUCCGGCGAAGCAGGCGCCGGCGUCGCCCUCGUGCCCAUACCUAGCAGCGUCCCGGACGACGGUGGCGAUGAACCCCCGGGACCCGCUAGCAUCGUGCACUCCAUGGAGCACCACAUGCCGGCCCAACUGGAGGGCAUGCUGACGACGCAGCGCGGCAUAGGGGCCCUUCGCGUCUCGUGCCUCGUUGUGGACCUCCUGGCGUCGUGGGCGAUACCCGUGGCCGCGCGGUGCGGCCUGCCAGUGGUCGGGUUCUGGGUGGGGAUGUUGGCGACCUAUCGCACCGUGGCGGUAAUCCCGGAGCUGAUCGGCAAGGGCUUCAUCUCGGAAUCCGAUUGUCCAUACGCACAUGAAGGUAUCCUACUACCAAGAGACGGAAUCGAUGAAGAUCAUUUCGACAAACACCAGGACAUUGGAGAUGUCAACAUAUUGCCCGCAAAGUUAAAACUGAGGAUGAAAGAUUUUCCAUGGCUCGUCGGCGGCGGCGGCGGCGGCGCACUAUCCCAGAAAUCAAGAUUUGCCUUCUGGCUUCAGACAGUGGAUCGAGCGAAGAACCUCCGCUCCAUCCUCGUCAACUCCUUCCGCGACGAAGGCGGCGACUCCGACCGGUAUGAUCCACCGGAGGGCCAGCAAAUCCUCCACGUUGGACCAGUACUGCUCAGCGACGACUUGAAGAAGACGACUACCAUGUGGCUGGCUGACGAGACUUGCAUGGGCUGGUUAGACAAGCAGAGUCCUGAGUCAGUGAUCUACGUUUCAUUCGGAAGCUGGGCUGCACCGAUCGGACCUGACAAGAUAACCGGGUUCGCGCGUGGUUUGGAGGCCUCCGGACGGCCGUUCCUGUGGGUUUUGAAGAACCACCCUUCGUGGCGAGCGGGCCUCCCAGACCGGUACACAGAGAAGGUUGACAGCCGUGGCAAGAUCAUCUCGUGGGCACCGCAGGAUGACGUUCUUCAGCAUGUGGCCGUGGGGUGCUACAUCAUGCACUGCGGCUGGAACUCGAUGUUGGAAGCUGUACGGUACGGGGUCCGCAUGAUAUGCUACCCUAUCUCUGCAGACCAUUUCAUCAACUGCGCCUACAUUAUUAACAUGUGGGAGGCCGGGAUCGCGCUGGUGAGUAGUGACCAGAGCGAUGUGAAAGAUUGCAUUGAGCGAGUCAUGGAAGGCGAAGAGGGAAGCCGUUUGAAGGGGAAGGUAAACGAGUUGAGGGAGAAAAUCAUGGGUGGUGACGCGGUACGUGUUGCCAAGAUGAGCCUCGAUUUAUUCAUGGAAGGAAUCAAGAAUCACGACACAGAAACAGGGGGCAAGUAACAAAGGUCACUUCGCAGAACGAAUGACGAUGGUCCAUAUGUCUCAACACCUUUACUGGGAAUUCAUAUUAAUUUGAAUCGCUAGUAAUGCACUGCUAUGGAUCGCCUUGCUUCUCAUGUAUUCUCUGUGUCCCCAACAGACCCUUAGCGUUGUGAAAUGAAUAAGAAAGCCUUGUUUCAAAACAGGGGGGGAACCAAUCAACCCCGAAAAGUCACAAACUUUAUGCCCUCCAUAACAUUAGUUUUCCUUCACAUCCCUAUGACCUGAUGUAUUUUCAACAAAUACUUUUAUAAGUUAUCUUGCCCUUUUCUUUGGCUAUUUAGUUCCUUUUCAAAGGAACAACAAGUUGCAUGAUGAUUUGGUAUGCAACCAACAAUUUCAUGGGAUUUGGACUCACCGAACCGGCAAGGGUUAUAACCUGAUUCAUCGCAUGACCUGUUAGACCGGUUCAAUUUGCUCUAAUUUGUCCCAAAUUUACGUGGUUCUUGAUUGAAACACAAGAAAAGGUGGCAAAA